AUGGAAGGAAGAUCAACCAUUGCGAGAAAUAUUGAUUUGACGAAAGUGUUGACACCAGAAGAGAAGUUUGAGAUUAUUACCCGUAACCUGCAGGAGGUGGACGGAGCUGAGGAGCUUAAGGAGAUCUUGAAGACUCGUGAUCUCAAGAUUUACUGGGGAACGAGUCCCACGGGAAGACCUCACAUUGGGUAUUUUGUGCCAAUGAGCAAGAUUGGCGAUUUCCUCAUUGCGGGUUGCGAGGUGACGAUCCUGUUCGCCGAUCUGCAUGCCUACCUUGACAACAUGAAGUCUUCUUGGGAGUUGCUCAAAUUCCGCACUGAAUACUACAUUCGUGUGAUUAAGGGCAUGCUCCGCUCUCUGGGCAUUCCCCUGGACAAACUGAAGUUUGUGACGGGAAGUGAUUACCAGCUCUCCGCCGACUACACUCUGGAUAUGUACCGUCUCUCCUCUCUGGUGACGGAGCACGACGCGAUCAAGGCCGGAGCGGAAGUGGUGAAGCAGGUUGCGAACCCGAAGAUCAGCGGCAUUCUGUACCCCGAGCUGCAGGCUUUGGACGAGGAAUACUUGCACGUGGAUGCGCAGUUCGGCGGCACGGACCAGCGCAAGAUCUUCAUGUUCGCGAAGAAGUACCUGCCCAAGAUCGGUUACCAGCCGCGCAUUCACUUGAUGAACUUCAUGGUUCCUGGCUUGGUGGGCGAGAAGAUGAGUUCGUCGGAGGAGAACAGCAAGAUCGAUCUGAUCGACGACUCCAAGACCGUGCUGCGCAAGAUCCGCACCGCGUUCUGCGAGCCGGGCAACGUGGAGAAGAACGGCGUGCUGUCCUUCGCGAAGAUGGUGCUGUUCCACAUCGUGGAGCUGCCCUUCGUCGUCGACCGUCCCGAGAAAUACGGCGGAAAGCAGGUCUUCAACACGCCCGAGGAGAUGGAGCAGGCCUUCGCCGCGCAGGAGCUCAGUCCGCAGGACCUGAAAGAGGCGGUGGCGAAGUACUUGAACCUGCUGCUGGACCCGAUCCGCGCGUCCUUCGACAACCAGGAAUCGCGCGAUCUGGUGUUCAAGGCGUACGGCACCAAGCUGAAGGCGCCGCAGAGCGAGGACGCGACACCCGCGCUGCCUGCAGUGUGCCGCCUGGGCUUCAAGGUGGGCGAGAUCACGAAGAUUUGGGAGAUGGAGGGCAAGGACUCGAUCUACUGCGAGGAGAUCGACGUGGGCGAGGAGAAGCCGCGCACCGUCAUGUCGGGUCUGCGGCAGUUCUUCUCGAAGGAGGAGCUGCUGCAUCGCAAGGUGGUGGUGGUCGCGAACCUGAAGCCGCGGCGAGUGGGCAGCUUCGUCUCGCAGGGAAUGGUGCUCUGCGCGGAGAACGAGGACGCCUCUGUGGUGGAGCUCGUGGAGCCGCCGGCCGACGCUGCGAUCGGAGAGUGGGUGCAGUUCGAGGGACUGCCGCCGGUGAAUCCCGACGAGGAGGUCAAUCCGAACCGGAAGACCUCGCCGUGGGGCAAGUGCGAGGAGUUCUUCCGAGCGGACAAGGAGGGAGUGGCGGUGUUCAAGGAGAACGCGAUGAUCACGUCCGCUGGAAAGUGCACGGUGAAGACGCUGAGGGAUGUGAAGCUCUGCUAAGGGAGGGUGGAGUGCUCUGCCAAAAGGAGGGUGGAAUGCUGUGCUAAAGGGAGGGCGUAGUGCUCUGCUAAAGGGGA